AUGGCAACGCCAACAGCUCCAGUCGUUCCUCCCCGACCGUCAAGAUCACCUCAACAAGGCCUUGCACCUCCAUCAGCAGACAUGCCCAAAAUUCCCCCUCGUCCUGGCCAUCGCAUUGAGCGCUCAGUGUCUCCCUAUCGCGAUAGUUAUGCGCCUUCUCCAUUGAAUAAUUUGCCCAACGGGUCAAACAUGAAGCGUACCACCUCCAACGAUCUGCCUCCUCGCCCCCCAAGUGUGACGAUCCCCUCUUUGGGUGAAGAGGGAAUCGAGUAUGAGGACUUAGAUGUCGGUAAUGUCUCCGACAACCAUCAGCCGACCCCCGCGGAAACACGCAAUGUGGGAAGCGACCUCAAGCUCCAUGCGCCAAGACCGUCACUGCCCUCUUCAAGCGCCAAGGCCAAGGUGCAGGCCGUCACACGUACUGAUUCCCGUCAAGCAGCAGCAGCAGGCCUGGGUCGCGCCGGGUCCCCUAUUCAUGACGACCACCCCGAACGACCCACCCGCUCGCUCCAUUCACGGGCUAGUGGCUCACGGGCUGAGUCCUCGACCGCAUCCGCUGAUCGUCGGGAGUCACUUCAUGGCGAUGAGCAUGGAAUCCCGGAGAUUGGGCAGAGAGUCCCAAUGUAUCCUAACGCGGGUGACGUUCAGGCUCCCUCUCCUAGCCCAUACGUUGUAGAGCACCAACAACAGCAACGCCCGGGGCGCAGUCACCACCGAUCUCGCAGUGGUCGCGAGGCUUCUUUGCCACCUGGAAGUUAUGGUCUGCAUGGGCAUGGUGUACCCACAAACGACAAGUUCGAGAAAGCUUGGUACGAGAAGCACCCUGAAGAAUACGUCAAGGAAGAACAAGGUCAAUAUGGUCCCGGUGUCGGAACGCCCAGGCCAGAUUGGGCUUUAAGCAGUGAUGACUUGAAUAAGAUUGUCCGGGGCUCUGCCGUUACUGGCACAGGACUCGGUACCUCGCCUGCUGUGGCAGGAACUCCAGAAGAGGAAGUAGGUUAUAUUGCCUCUGACGAGUAUACGCAUCGCAUGUCAUCGCCACCUCCAGAUUCGCGUCGUAAUUCACGCCCGGCUUUCGAGUCGCCUCUCCGCAAGUCGAAUGUACCAGUGUCAGAUGCUCAGAGCGAACAGGAUGACACGGUGGAAAAUGACACGGCUGAAAAGCCGCAAGCACCAAGAGUCAUUCAUGUUGACGAGCCGUAUCAUCACUUGCAUCAUCCCGAUGGGUUCGCCCAGACCCCGGAUCCCGAAGAGCUCGCCCACGGGACUGGUGAGCGGAACGCCGAGGAAGAUGAGCCCAUCUUGGCUGCCGAUGAACUACGCCCUGAGUCGGCCUUUCAGCACCCCGCUGUCUCGCCCUCAUUCGGGAGAAGUGGAAGUGUUGACUAUGAAGGCAGAAGUCGCACACCAAGCGUCACUCACAGCCGGUCAAACAGUAGGACUGCUAGUAUACCGAGUGGUAUGCCGACUUUGACCAGAUAUGACUCGCGUGAAGAUCACGGUGUUUAUACACCCCUUGAAGAUGUCGAAGAGUACGAACCCUUGUUUCCCGAGGAUGACGCGAAGGACAAGAAGACUGUCUCGACCGCAGACCGCUUCAAACAACGCCCUGAGCUCAAGCACAGGUUCCCUAGUCAGGAUAUCUGGGAGGACUCGCCCAACAGUCUGCAGCUGCACGCCAUGGUAUCUACUCCAGAUAUCCCAAAGCAUGAUACCUUUGAAACCCCGGAGCAGGAGUCGUUCCGGAGGAGCCACGCGGACCAUCUGGACGCCCAUCACGUUGCGUCUCAAAUUUUGGAGUCGGAAGACCAUGAUGAAAAGCCUCCCGCUCGACCGGAAGUGGCCAAGCAGAGGUUCCCCAGCCGGGAUAUCUGGGAGGACGCGCCUGAAAGCCAUACGCUAGUGACAACUAUUGAGCCGUCAGAGGAGCAGGUCAAGAGUCCAGAAGUACCCUCGAAGCCAAGUAUCCCAUCCCGUCCUCAGAAACGCCCGCAACAAGCUCCUACAGCGGAUGCUCCUACGAAGCCUGUCACUUCGCCCACCGAAAAGCGUCAGCCACCAGUAAUCCCGGAUAGGCCGAAGCCUCAGAUUCCAGUCCGUCCAGCUAAGCCCAUCUUCCGUGUCAGUUCAGAGGAACCCAAGGACAUAGCUGCCAAGCCGAAACCGGCGGUGCCAGCCCGCCCUGGUGGAAGCAAGAUCGCUGCUUUGAAGGCAGGGUUCCUCUCGGACCUGAACUCACGGCUUCAGCUUGGUCCGCAAGCGCCUCCAAAACCGCAAGAGAAGAAGAAGGAAGAAGAGGAAGCAGCUCCGGUUGAAAAGCAACCUCUGAGUGAUGCUCGGAAGGGACGCGCUCGCGGACCCGCGCGAAGAAAGCCUGCUGUCGAGAAAGCCAGUACGAGGCUGCCGACAAUUCCCGAGGUUAAGAUCACCACAACAUGGAACGUUUGGCAAGUUGGCGAAGAUGGUAACUUGGUUGUUGGCGAGGUCAAAGCUGCUACCCCCGAUACCACGCCUGAUACCAUGGCUCCCGCGCUAGCAAGGAACAUCGCCGGUCAAUCCGUCGACCCGCUUCCAUCACCCGAGAAGGAAGACGAAGCCCCCGUCUCACCAGGAGCCGCGAAAGUAGCCGAGGCCCAACAACCCACAUUCACCGACACUGCCCCCUCAAUACCAACAACCGCUGAUGGCCCGGCUGAUCCAAGCCCCGCUAUAGAACCUGUGGUCAAGGAAGACGCCCCCGUCGCCAACCAGGCCUUGUCCCCUGAGCAAGACGUCAACGACGUCGCUGACAACCUAGUUGCCUCUGCGGACGGCAAACGGCUCUCAACCGGCGACAUCGGCGACAUCGGCGACAUCCAGUGA